AUGGCCGACAUGAUUGGAUUAAUGGUGGAGUCGCGCCCGCCCGCGAGAAAGAGAAGAAGAGUCGUCAUCUCCUGCAUUGAAUGCCACCGACGGAAGCAAAAGUGCGACAGAGAACUACCAUGCGGAAAUUGCAUCGCCCGAAAUCGAGAAGCGAGCUGCGCCUACGAGGCCGGCGCCCCGACAACCAAAAGCCUGAAGGAAACUACUGGAGAAGCGGCCGCCCCAUCUGACGGCUCGCUGUCGAUGCAAAGCCUUACCAAUGGACAUGCUGGCGGUCCUGUAGGACGCAGCGGCGACGAUCCGACGCUGUCGUCUAUGGCCGCGGCGCUGGGCUACUCACAGACGCGGCCGUCGACGCUGAGCCUCUUGCGCACUAUCGAAACGGCCGAUCAGCAGCCGGAAAGCGUCAGUGGUCCCCCAUCGCGGCAACGAAACGCAAACCAAAGCGAGCUCGCGCCGAUUCGCGAAAAAUACAAAGGCUUAGUGCGGCAGCUGCCGGCCAAGACGUACAUCGAUCGACUCGUCAGCAUGUAUUUUGAAGACUUGCAUCACCAAUACAACUUUAUAGACCAGAAAAUCUUCUUCGAGCAGCUCGAAGAGUGGAACCAGCUCCCGUUCCAGCUGCUGUCGUCGCCCGAGGAGCUGCGGCCCGCGAUGCGCUUCUUCCCCGCGCUGUUGUUCCAGAUUCUAGCCACGGCGCUGCUGCUACUGCCCCCAGGGACGCCGGAUCCAGUGUUUGACUCGCUCAAGUAUGCGGGCGGGAUGACAUUUGAGAACUUGGCGACGGAUUACAGUGAUUCGGGCGCGGCAAUAGUCAAUUUGUUUGGCAAGAACGCGCUAGACGAGGUGACAGUGCAAGCGCAGUUUAUACGAGCGCUGUUUCAAAAAUACACGGCUCAUGUGAUUGAGUGUUGGCAUGGCAUUGCGGCGGCCAUUCGCGAUGCUCAAGAAUUGGGCAUGCACCGCGAUUCUCUAGAUCCGAAACCCGAAGACUCGAAUGUCGAAAGUAUACUGAAAAAUCAGUGGCGCAUAUUACAUCGAAGGAAAAUGUAUAUGAUGCUCAUUUCAUGGGAUGUCAACAUGGCAGUCUUUCUGGGCCGUCCGGGCAGCGUUGUGUGGGCGCAUGGACUUCCUUCACUGCCGAUAGAUGCACCGACGCCAGUAGACUGCUGCAAGACGCCAAUAGAGUCACGCGACGAGUCGGUCGACCCGCCGACACUAAUCACGCGCCAGAUAUUUCUCUUCAAAGUCGGCGAUACGCUCCGUUAUGUCCUCGAUCUCGAACCGGACGGGUCUCACCCUAAGGACUUUUCCAAAGUCGACCAUGUGCAUCAGCUUAUGAAUACUCUCCACGACGACACGCCGGCUGCGUUUCGGCUUGAGAAUCCGGACCGUCGAUGGGACGACCACCCGGAGUGCUCGCGAUGGAUUCACAACACUCGACUGUACCUGCAGCAGCUGCAUUUCUUCGGUAUCAUGGCGCUUCACCGGCCGUACAUUUUCCAUCGCAAGGAGAGCCGCGUGGCGGCGCUGCGGGCAGCCGUUAACAUGCUGGGGAUCCAGCGCAAGACCUUUGACGGUCUACCGUUGGUCCAGUGGCGCGGUUUCCACCUUUUCUUUGGCAGCUUUGACGCCGUUGUAGUCAUUGCCUCUGUCUUCAUCCUCUUCCCUCACGAGAGCCCCGAGCUGCGCGACAGCGCUGUGCGGCGCUUCCACUGGACCAUUGCCAAGUUUGAGGCGAUUCGGGAGCACAACGCCGUAGCGCGCGCCGCACAGGGCGUACUCAACGCAAUCAAGUCGCGGUUCAUCAAGGCUGUCGGCAACGAUACGCCGGGGCCAAGCCCUGACUCGGACGCUACGUCGCCACUACUGAAUGGACAGGCAGCGGACGAGACGCCAGACAGCAGUCGGACAGGCCUGACGGCAAGUAGUGGCAGCAACACUUCGUCGAACAACCUAUCUCUAGGCAUCUCGCCCAGUGACGGAAGCAGCGCGAUGGGGUCGUGGGCGAACAACGCCAGCACGGAUGGCGUGAAUGGAUGGUCACUGCCGGAAGACAGCUUGUCUACGCUGGCACCCAUCUAUCCCACAUCAGAUCUCUUCUUCAACGACCUGGUGGCGAAAUACGGCGAGGCAGAUAUGGCGAACUGCACACUGGACCAAGUAAGUGCGCAGCAACCAUCGGCUGAUGGUUUCGGCCUGUCAUGUCAGUUCGAUGGAGACUUUGCGGCGGAUAACACGUUCUGGCAAUUCAUGAACCAGUUCAAUCCAGACUUCACGGGUUGA